AUGGUUUUUGGUUUCGGUAAAAAAGACAACGACGACAACGACAACGACAGAAGACGUGAUAACGACGAUUCUUACGGUUCUUCCAAUAGAAGAGAUAACGACAAUUCUUACGGUUCUUCUUCUUACGGUAAUGAUGAUAAUAAUGAUUCCUACGGUUCUUCUAACAAGAGAAACAAUGAUUCCUACGGUUCAUCAAACAAUGAUUCCUACGGUUCAUCAAACACUGAUUCCUAUGGUUCUAAUAAGAAGAGCAAUGACUCAUAUAGUUCAUCCUCCUACGGUAAUGACAAUGAUGAUUCUUAUGGUUCUUCAAACAAGAAGGGCAAGGAUUCCUAUGGUUCAUCCUCCUACGGUAAUGACAAUGAUGAUUCUUAUGGUUCUUCAAACAAGAAGGGCAAGGAUUCCUAUGGUUCAUCCUCCUACGGUAAUGACAAUGAUGAUUCUUAUGGUUCUUCAAACAAGAAGGGCAAGGAUUCCUAUGGUUCAUCCUCCUACGGUAAUGACAAUGAUGAUUCCUACGGCUCUUCAAACAAGAGAAAUGACAAUUCCUAUGGUUCAUCUUCUUAUGGUAAUGAUAACGACAACUCUUAUGGUUCAUCAAACAAGAGAGGUAAUGAUUCCUAUGGUUCUUCUUCAUUUGGCAAUGAUAAUGACAAUUCUUAUGGAUCUUCUAACAGAAGAGACAAUGACAAUUCCUACGGUUCAUCAAACACUGAUUCCUACGGCUCUUCCAACAGAAGAGAUGACGAUGACUCCUAUGGUUCUUCCAACAGAAGAAACAACGACUCUUAUGGUUCAUCUGAUUAUUAA